AUGUCGCAGCUGCGACGGGUCAUCGACGCCCGCGAGCUCGACUCCAUGGUCUUCUACGAGCCGGUGGUGGUCAAGGACGGCGGGAAGGAGUUCGACGCACUGUGCGCGGUCUUCCCGGACGCCAUAUAUGUCGUGCCUCUCGGUUCGUACGACCCGCCCGAGCCCAUCGUCCUCGUCGACGUCCAAGGCGUCUUCACCUCUGCCCAUGACGGCGACCCGCUCACUGACCCCGAGCUUGCCGCCGUCUCCAUGUCCAUCACCAUCGUGACUGGGCAGCGCCAUGGCGCCGACGCCGAGCUGCACGAUGGCGACCGCCUGCGGCUCGACGCCUCGCUGACUAACCUUGGCGAGUCGCUUGACCGCUCGUCGCUCCUCCGCGCCUCGGCGUCGGCCGUCAACGACUCGGGCCUCUCUGCAGCGUCUGCGGCUUCGUCAUCAGCCUCGAGCGCAGGCCCGUUUGCUGGCACCGAUGCUGCCGACGGCACUCGCCACUACCACAUCCACACCACACUCCGCCUCUCCAAGCUCCUCCACUACAUCGAGCGAAGCUGGACCGCAGCCGUCCUGGCUGCCGCCAUGCCGCGGCCUCUCAGCCUUUUUGAGGACAUCCAGUCCGAAAUUGUCUCGGCCCGAGAUCUCGCCACACGCUUCCGCGCCGUCGAAGAGCUGGCCCUCGCCCUCGCCGCCGACCGCUGGCUCAAGCACGAGUUCUGGCUCUCGUCGCAGCUCCUCACCUUUGUUGUUGACGAGCUGGAGUUCUACCUUGCAGACACCGAGUUUCGCUUUGACGAUCCCGAGGUACCGUGGCGCGUCGCCGGCCCGUCCCGCGCCGACGAGCUGGAGUACGCCAUUGUCCUUGUCCAGCUUCUCGGCGCCGCCGUUGAUGCCUCUCACGGUAUUGACGGCCGCAUGUCACUACUUACUCGCGUCGAGCCUGACCUCGACGACAUCCUCCGCAUUGUCCUCCGCGAUCCCACAGAGAUGUUCUACGCCGAGAAUGAGCGCGGCGCCUCCUCCACCCAACCGUCCUUCUCGCCGAGUCUGCUCUCGUUCGACGAUGACGAUGCCCUCGCUCCGCGUCCGCCAUUGGCCUACGGCCUCGGUGGCGCAAGCUCGGAGCUCACACCCGAGCUCGUUCUCAAGCUCCGCGAGUACUACAUCGAGUCGGCCGCCUUUGUCUACAGCCUCUUCUACUUGCACCAGGAAGCCGCGCUCUGCGAGGUCCCGCUCUCGCGCAAUCAUCCACGCACCCUUGUGGCCCUCCUUGUUGACAUUCAAGGCUUUGUUGACCUCUCUGGCCGCAUCACUGAGUAUUGCGACUGCCGCGUCGGCGAAAUCGUCCAGCGGCUCGCCUCGCUCAUGACCACUUACUCGGACGCCGAGGACUCGGCCCGCGGGCCUCGUGCCUACAAGCUCGCCAAGCUGCUCGUUCUUCUCACAACUUUCUCCAAGCCCAUCCACGCUCACCUUGUUGCCAUGCACACCGAGGCUCUCCUCUACGUUGCAUGCACCCCUGAAGCCUACGCUACGCUCGACCCGAGCAAUCCGCUGACACCGCACCUCAUCCAGACCUGCCGCGACCUCGCUGCCGCCGCCUCGGUCCCGCUCCGCAAGCUCACCGCUUCAUAGCGCACUCGAGCACACCGUGGAUCAUUUACUCUUGGCUUUUGGCAACGAUAAACUCGGUGCACCAA